AUGAAAAAAAAAAUUUUGUUUUUUUUACAUAUUAAUUAUACUGGUAAUGGUUUCUGUUUUCCUUCCAAAUAUUCACAGAUUGAUUUAAAUGUCAACUAUAAUAAAGAAAAUAAAAUUCGUCCACAAUCCGUUCGAUUGUUAAAUGAUGAUACGAUUAAUCAUCAACACCAUAAUGGUCAAUUUCAAUACUCUACUUCUUCCCCUCCUCGUCAUCGUCGUCCAUCAUCAUCAUCAUCAUCAUCGGUUAUUGAAGAAGAAGAAAUAAUUGAAGAAGAACCAGAAAAUGGUCAACCGAAUAGUCAACCAAAUAAUCUUCAAUCGAAUAAUAAUAAUAAUAAUUAUUAUUAUCAUUCAACUAAUACGGCUAAUUUGAUGCCCGUAUUACCACCAUUUCCUACAAAUGAAGAAUUACAAUUAUGCCAUAAUUAUCACAACAAUUUGAUACCGACAUUUUUACUUAUGUAUCGUGCACAUUGUCAACGUAUAUUGGAUGCAAUUGUACGUGCCAAUUUUGAUGAAGUACAUACACUUGUAUAUCAUUUUUGGCAACAAAUACCUACACAUCUUACACCUGUAAUGAAUAGCCAUUUAUUUAUCAAUCUAUUGGCCAUAUGCGAUAUUCGUCUAUAUAGAACAAUAAUUAAAAUUGUUUCAAUGACAUUUGUACAACCACUUUCACAAAUAGCUUAUGGUCAAUUAGAACAUUUUGCUGCUGCAUAUGAUUCCGUUUUACAGGCUGCUUUACCACGUGAAAAUGUUCUAUUGAUUCAGAUUAAAUUAGAAUUGGCCAGACAUUUUAUCGUAUUGAUCAAAUGUCUAUUAAGACAUUGUCGUCUAUUUCAUACGUUACAGAAUCAAUUAUUCAAUAAUUGCCAUAAUAGCGUAGUAGGAAAUCUACUUAAACAAUUACAUCAAGAUUGGAUGCGAAUCGAUUUGAAUAAUCUUUGUGAUAAAAUUAUUGAAAUUUAUUAUAAAACCGGAACGAUCAAUUAUUUGAGCGGAACAACAACAAUUUAUCCAACAAAUGUGUAUGAAAAAUUACAUAAAUUAUUAUAUAAAUAUUUUUCUGAAUUUAAAUUAUUGGUUGCCAAUAUGGUUGAUUGUACUCAAUUAUUGGAUUGGUUUGAAACUACAUGGAACGGAUCGAUGAGAAUCUAUUUUCAACAUCGACAACAACAAGCCCAGGAAGAGCAUUCAGCAACAACUUUUUUCGACACUGAUUUUGCUCGCCAUUUUCUAAUCAUUUGGACAUUUGUUAAAUGGCAGAUUAUACAAGAAAUGAUCAAAAUAAAAGCUUCAAGUCAUGAUUUAUUCAUAACUUUUGGUGGACUAUUCGAUGAUUUUUGUAUUUAUAAAAUCAAGGACAUUUAUUUUGAUCAUUGUGUUAAAUGGUUUUAUGCAAAUGCAGCAAUGAAUUCUAAACCAUCGUGGCCACAAAAUCAUUGUUAUGAUCCUAUGGAAUUGAUUCACCAUACAACAUCAUUGGCAAGUAAUCUAGCUAGCCAACAACAACAACAACAACCAAAUUCGGAUCAAUUUAUUGAAACAUUUAGCGAUGGUAAUACAUCAUCUGGCACAGGUUCAAGUUUUUGUUCGAAUAAUGGCUGCAGUGACAACAACCAUUAUCAUCAUCAUCAUCACCAUCAACAUUAUCAUCAAAAUCCAUAUCAAACGAAUAUAAUUUAUCCAGAAGUUGAUGGCUAUGCCAGUACAUCUUGUACGACUGAACAACAGCAACAUCAACAGUAUAGGAAUAAUAAUAAUCAUAAUCAUCAUUAUACCCAGCAAUAUCAAACAAGACAAGAUAGUUUAAUUUGUUUUUCAAUGAAUUUUCAUGCCAAUUCUAUUCAGGUAAUGGCAGCACCUUCAUCAUCAUCAUCAUCAUCAUCAAUAACGGCUACUGGUAUUGGUGAUGUAUGUCCAACACCGAUAACACCAACAACAACAACAGCGACAACAGAAACCACAUCACCAUCAACAUCAAUAAAUGAAUCACAACAUCCUCAUUAUCAAUACCAUAAUCAUCAUCAUCAUCAUUACCAUAGACAAUAUCAAACAUCAAACAAUAAUAUCCCUGUGAAUGUGGAUACAUCACCAACAACAAUUACAACAUCAACGAAUAUAGGUCAACAAACAUCAUCAUCAUCAUCAUCAAUGGCCAAUAAUGGUAAAUCGAUACGAUAUUAUUUCACAACGGAAAAUUGUCAAAAUAUUUACAACACUAAUAACAGCAAUAAUAAUAAUAAUAAUCGUUGAAAUUAAUAUGACACACACACAGACAGACAACAUCGCAAACAUAAAAUUGAAAGUUUUUAUUUGGUCUAUGGAAAAAAAAUGUUUUUUUGUUUCUUCUAUAUUUAUUAUAUCAUUGUUUUUUAUCGAUCCAAACGGAUUGAUCGAUGUCAUAUAUCGUAAGGUUAUAUGUAUGAUGUGUGUGUGUGUGGAGAGAGAGAGAGACAGAGCUGUGAAAUGUGUAUUUAUAUGUGAAAAAAGUAGUAAUAUUAAUAAAACAAAAGAAAUAAAUUACCUUGACCCAAAAAUAUUGACCAACACACACACACACACACACACACACAUAUAGCCAAAACAAUGAUCUGAUGAUGAUGAUGACAAUGAUGACACAUGACCUUGUCUCCGGUUUUAAUUUAAUGAAACACAAAAUGAAUUUUUCUGCUUUUGAUUUCCAUUCUAAUAAUAAGUAAUAAUAUUAUUCAGUGAAAAAAAAAUUGGCUGUCAAGAUUUUUCAAUUUUAUUGAUGAGAUCAUGACUACUGAAUCACUCGUAUUCAACAUUAUUCUUCUCUCUCUCUCUCUCUCUCUCUCUCUCCAUGCAAUCUCUCUCUCUCUCUCUUUGUUUGUUGUUUCUGAAUCACAAUAUAUAUUGAUCGGAUUAAUUUUCAUUAAUAAUCAAUCAAAAUACCAUAUAGAUAAUAU